UAUGUUCAGCUGCGAUAUAUGAACCAUGAUGCACGGAUGCAUGAAUUUGGAAAGCUUCGAGGGUCCCAGCGUCCCUGUAUACAUUGCCUUAUGUUGUGGAAUGUAUCUUGGAAGUACCGUCGCUUUAUAAAUGACUCAGUUUUCAGGACAUGAAGGCCACAACUAUCCUCGACCAAAUUCACUUUACCUACCAUGUUUGACUACAUCGGUAACAGUUUCUACUUCACGUUCAUUUUGUGGGCUGGCAUCUUGACGCCUUCAUCGCUCCUUUUUCUUUUCCUCUUUUCUGUGUCUAGUAUCAAGGCUAGCAGAGAACAUGCCACCGUAAAGCAUCUGCCUUGGAUAGGCAGGAGGCCCCAGUUGUUUGCUUCGAUUCGAGCCAACUACAGGGGAUUUAUUAAAUCUGUGGAGCUUUAUAUCUCUGGAUACCGCAUGUAUUCCAAGAAGAACCAAACGUACGUCGCACCGACGUGGACCAAAGGCCCGCAGGUCAUUCUACCGCCUUCAUACGGUAAUUGGAUCGCUUCAACACCUGAUGCCUUGCUUAAUGCAAAAGAUUGCACUUUUGAGAACGCCCAGUUCGCAUACACCGUUGGACACCCAGAGAUCACGUCCAAUGACAUGAUCGAUGUUUUAAUCAAGCGCGAGUUGACUCGCACUAUUGGCUCGCUCAACAAUGAGAUCCUGGAAGAAAUCGACGCUUCUAUGGUCGAUAUCUUUGGUACCAGCGGUGAAUGGGUCGACGUAGGAGUAUUCGACUCUUUGACCCGCACCGUCGGUAGAGCUGUAAACCGAAUCUUUGUCGGCGAGGAGCUCUGUUCGGACAUGAACUACCUCAUGGCAGGCAUCCGCUUCGCCAGAGAUGUCUCAGUUAGCAGCUAUAUCCUUCACGCCUUCCCAAAAUUCAUGAAACCAUUUGUGACUUUGUUCGCCAGUUAUCCUAACCGCAGAGAGGCCAGAACCUGCAUGAAAUACCUAGAACCUCUCAUUGCGGAACGCAUCGAGAACAUGCAGCGAAAGGAACAUGAUCCUAGCUAUGCCUGGGAAGCCCCAGAGGAUUUUAUCACUUGGAUGGUUCGUGAAUCCUUCAAGAGAAACACCGAAGAUGAACGUUCGGUCUAUGCCCUCGCCUAUCGAAUCGUCUUGCUACAAUUUGCAGCCAUUACAACGACCACUAUCACAUCCACGAACGCCUUGUUGGACAUCUGGAGCGCUCCUAACGCGGAAGAAGUCGUCGAAUUCCUGCGUGAAGAGGCCACCCGCGUCCUUGCCGAACACAAUGGAGAAUGGAGUAAGGCUGCACUAGCCAAACUUUACCGAUUGGACAGUGCCGUCCGAGAAAGCUCGCGUGUCUCUGGAAUUGGCGGUACAGCGCUGGCUAGGAAGGUCAAGGCAGACAACGGUAUUACCUUACCGGAUGGAAUUUGGCUUCCCAAAGGCACUACUGUUGGAGUAUCCAUGGAUGGCAUUCAUUUUGAUGAGGAAUUCUACAAGGACCCAUUAACGUUUGAUGCCUUCCGAUUCUCCAGACCCAGGGAAGACCCAUCUUAUGAUGAGAAGGGAGUGAAUGAAGAUUUGGUUACCACCUCACCGCACUGGUUGACCUUCUCCCACGGAAUUCAUGCUUGCCCUGGCCGGCAUUUCGCAGUUAACAAUAUCAAGAUGACUCUCGCUCAUCUAUUGUUGAACUAUGAUGUGAAACCGUUCGACACCAGACCCCCGAACGUCCAAAUCGGAGAUCUCUCGGUCAUUCCAGUCAAGGCCAGGAUGAGUGUUAAAAGACGACAAGUCAAAGUCUAGUGGAGAUUUUUAUUUGAUAAUCAUUUUCUCGUGUCUACUGCUGGUUUUGACGUUUCUGCAUUUGUGUGUAUUUAUUAAAUAUUGUAUCGACGCUCUUUACGUCCUUCCCUGCUGUACGUCUCGAGGAUUGGAAGUUGAUGUCAUGUGAAACUCGGGCUAUAACCGUCAAUAGGUUCGUGUAUUGCAAGUAGAAGGUAAAUGAAGAAACAGAACAGGU